AUGGACGCCGCUCUGACUGCUCUCAUGAUUCCACCCGGUCAGUGUGCCUUCGGUCUGAAAUCUCUGCCGGAUGAGGCCACAAACACGGAGAUGACAGAGCCGGAGAAGCUCUUCUUGCGCUGGUGGGACACUGUGGAGAAACUGCGUGGUAGUCUCAUGCUAGCCUUUGAGCGUGUCAUCUUGGAGGACCUGGAUUUCUGCAACUCAGCCCACGUGGAACAGGGAAUGUGGAAGUCGGUGUUCUAUGCCGUUCUUGAGUCACUGCGUACCUGGCAGUCCAAUCCAUAUCUCACUGCACUCCUUCCGAAACCGACUGGAUCCGAGGCGGAGAAGGCUGCUGACCACUGCGGCCGGUUGGGUCAACUGAUUCGCCAGAUCUGUGUGGAACAGGUG